GAAAAAUAAGAUUAUACGGGUUUAUGUGCAACAAUAAUAUGAUAAAUAAAAAAUAAUAGAAUUUAAAAAUAGUAUUAAACAUUUGAUAACAUUCCUUCGUACCAUUUAAUAAUUUACCAAACUCGUGCCAAUGUACUUCAAUUAAAUGAAUCAAGGAAAGAAUUCUUUGCUUCGACUUACACGCAAAUCAAGUCAAGAUGGUAUGGACUCUAACGUGUCCUAUAAAAUUAAAGAUGGUCCGGUACCAAAUUUUUUUGACGUUCGAGAACAUAUUUUUCAUAUAAUAAAACCGUGGAGUUGGAUUAAAAACGCGAACAAAGCGCUACAGUCUGCAGAAUCGAAAACAACUUUAGUUUCAAAGCAAAUCGCAAACUUAAACCUGGGAAUAGUAUACGGACUUUACAUAAAUGGCGACGAAGAAAAUAUCCGGUACGUAUCAAGUUCCGAUCUUUUAGUUUGGAAAAGAAAAGAAAAGGAUUUACACAAAUAUGCAAAACAAAAUAUUUUUGAAAAAAUUGAAGACAUUGAAAAAAGUAGACCUUUAUUUAUAGAAACUCAAACAGGAAUAUAUUAUACUAACGAACUCAAAAACUUGACAUCUUCUUUAUUGGCUGUUCCCGAUGUUUUUAACAAGAUAUCUUUUAACACUACGCAACAUUUUAAUUACAUUAUUCUUUGUCCAACACCCGAUUUACUUCUCAUUUCACAUAACCAUGACACAAGAGGGUUAUGCUUUGUUGCUGAGAUUGGUCUGCGCUUAACAAAAAAAGAUUCAGCCAGUUCAAGUAUAAAGCCGAUUCGAGUGAGCAAAGGAGUUUUAAGCAUUUAUGAAGCUAGUGUUGUAAAAAAUGAAUCUCAUUGGCCCAUCAAUGAAGACGAAAUAAUUGCUUGUAAAAAAACAAUAGAGAAAAAAACUAAAAAGUUAAUCGCCAAUAAAAUAAUUAAAUCAUGCUAAGUUUAUUUAACUUCACGCUAAUUUUAAUUGUUUAUUUAAACCGCUGUUUCAGGUUUCGAACAUAAAAAGUAAAACAUUUAGUGUGCGUUUUACUUUUAUAACAAGAGAACUAAACGAAUUAAAACAUUCAGUGUGUUAUGGUUAUUUUCAGACUAUAAAUAUAUAAUAUUUUUACUACACAAUCUUUUUAACUGCAAUAGAUUAUAUCUGCAACAUAGCUCGUAACAAUUAUUUAUUUUCAGUUAAUUCCCAACAAAUUCUUCCUGCUUUGUCUAUGCAUGGUAUACUAACGGUGCCAGGACCGAGUCACAAACAUGCAUGGACUAAGCUAAACACUGCUCGCCGUUUGAUGCAUGGCCCAUGCAAGGCAGUCGUUUUUCGACCGGCGUUUAUACGUUGCUCUUUUUUAUGUUAAUUUUGGUUUAUUUUGUUUAUUUUUCACAUUAAUUUUUAUUUGUAUGAAUAGUUAAUACUUAAGCAAAUACAAGAUUUUAGCUUAAA